AACGAAGCGAAACGCCCUCCCCCUGGCGUCCCAGACAGCGGAGGGAGUCGCCGCCGCUGCAGGGGCCGCGGCGGGGAUGCAAAGCGCCAGUGCCGCCGCUCUCCUCCGCGCGCUGCUUGGCUGAAAGCGCACAGGACUCAAUUACUGGAAUUGUCAACUCUACCAAUUUAAGGCACAUUUCUCUUUCACUAUGAGCAGACCAAUUGUACUGAGCAUUUUUCUGGCUUUCUGUAGCCUUCUUUUUCUCAACUUUGCCACACAAUGUCUGGCCUUCCCCAAAAUGGAAAGAAGGGAGUUGGUACAUGUUCAUGCAGAAGACUGGCAGCCUGAGAGGAUGAACACAGAUGACCUAGAAAACUCCUCCAUUACUCCAAAACAGACUCCUCAACUGGUGUUCUCUGAAGAAGAUCAAAUGGUAGUGUCAACAGGACCAUCAGCAGUGCCAGUAAAUGAAGUACUCUUAUUUAACAAAGAAACCCAUCCCACAGGAACUGGACUCCAGCAGCCUAACAGCCCUGGUCUUUCCACUGUCACUGAACCAGUGGUCCCAGCAGGUGACCAAGUGUUUGGUUCCAGCCAGCCGGAGAAAAUGUCUCCUGAAAGCAGACUUUCCAAGAUCAUGUUAACUGUCCCUAACACUGAGACUGCUUCACUGAAUACUGGCAAGAAGGAGGAACCCUUUAGCAGUACCAGCAUUCAGCCCAUUGCAGAAGGGACCACAGAAGCAACACCAGGUUUUGUGAAAUAUGUGAACCAUCAACUGUUUACAACUGAAAAUCAGGAUGGAGUUAGUCUCGGGGAUUCACCUUCAUCCCUUAAGAAUGCUAAAGAAAUGCUAACCACCAAUCCAAGAACAGAGAAAUUUGAAGCAGACAUGGAUCAGAGAACCACUUCUUUUCCUGGUGCUGAGUCUGGAAGCCUUCUGCUGGAUGGGGAGAAGCUCCUGCAGAAGACAGCUGAUCAUACCCAGGCUACUGCCACCGAGCACUUGCUGGUGACUUCUGAGUAUGCCCUGAGUGUUGGUUCAGAAACGGAUAGCCUUCUGGGAGCCCCAGAAGUCACAGAAAGUGUCAGCAGAGCUUUUCCAGCUGCCUCUAUCUUAAGUGAUGAGUGGGAUGAUACCAAGCUGGAGAGUGUAAGCCAGAUACGGACCCCAAUGCUGGAAGACAAUACAGACACUCAGGUGAGAAUGGAGCCCUUGCAGACAGAGAGCCAUGAGGGGAUGGAAGAGGGUCAGCCCUUGACAGAGGCUGCAGAAGUGUCUCCGGGGCUGCCUGAAGAGGAAACAGACAUGGGGACAGCCCUGCUAAUAGCGCAGGGGGAGAAGAAGUCACCCACCUUCAUGGAUCAAAGUUCCUUCACUCCCAUAGGUCUGAUGGAAGAUUCCGAAGUUUUCUCUGUGCACAUGUUCCAAAAUAUGGGAGGUUUCGAGGAAUCCACCAAGGAAAACAGUGCCAUGUUUUUGUCAGAGACUACUGUGUCCAUCUCAGAAUAUGAGUCUGAGGCAUAUCAGCUGUUGGGAAAUACAUUGAAAGACAUCAUCACUCAAGAGAUGACAACAGCUACUCAAGAACCAGAAGCCACUUUAUCCCUGGUGACACAAGAGCAGGUGACCAGAGACAGUGAAGAGACUGAGGAAGGCAAGGAGUCCCCCCUUCUUGCCUCUGAUGUACCUGAUAUUACUCAGCUGUCCAGACAAUGGGAGCCUCUGGCCACUACAGUGUCAACCACAGCCAUUCCUUGGUCUCCCAAAGUUACCCCUGCUGCAGAAGACCUAACAGACACAGUCACUGGGCCGAGUGAGGAUCUGGCACUAGUUUUGGGCUCUCUGGUGACACCCCCUGGAAUAAUGGUGGAAGCACCCAGCAUUUCUCCAACGUUUCCUGCUUUGGAGGCAUCAUCUGAGAGAACAGUUCCAUCCGUUAGUGGCACUAAUACAGCUGCCUCAUAUGGCCUGGACCAACUUGAAUCUGAAGAGGGAGAAGAAGAUGAGGAUGAAGAGGAUGAAGAAGAUGAAGAGGAAGAAGAGGAAGAUGAGGAAGAGGAUGAGGAGGAUAAAGAUGCAGACUCCCUGGAUGAGAGCUUUGAUGGCGACUCUGAGGUGACGAGUUUCACUCUCCCUGGCAUCACAUCCCAGGAACCCGGCUUAGAGCAGGGAAACAUGGACCCACUGGAGGGAGCCACCUACCAGGUGCCCGAUGCCAUUGAGUGGGAACAGCAGAAUCAAGGCCUGGUGAGAAGCUGGAUGGAGAAACUAAAAGAUAAGGCUGGCUACAUGUCUGGGAUGCUGGUUCCUGUAGGAGUGGGGAUAGCUGGAGCCUUGUUCAUCUUGGGGGCACUCUACAGCAUUAAGGUUAUGAAUCGCCAAAGGAGAAAUGGCUUCAAAAGGCAUAAAAGAAAGCAGAGAGAAUUCAACAGCAUGCAAGAUCGAGUAAUGCUCUUAGCUGACAGUUCUGAAGAUGAAUUUUGAAUUGGACUUGGGUUUAAUUGGGACAUUCAAUGAUGUUGUAAUUUUGUUUUUAUUUUGGGGGAGAAGAAGAAGAAGAAGAAGAAAGAAGAAGGAAAAACAACAACUUCUAUUGCAUUGCUGCUAUCAGGCCGUCAGUUCUAGACCUGCUGGGUAGUAGAUUUUUCUUGCACUGAGCAGAAAAGGCAUGCUGUAAACUAAAUGUAACACACAGUGUUUGGUUAUUCUGUAGUGAACUUCCUGUAACAAUGGGCUACAAUUUAUACAUACACAACAUAAUGUUGUUCAGUAGAAAUAGCUGGAUUAGGUAGGGUAAAUAUUUUGUAUUUUUCCACUGUCUUUUCCUUGACUUGGAUUACUUGCAUUAAGUGUGAUGAUUGUAGCCACCAAGGCAUGCUCGACUUUGAAAUUGAAAUCUUAACAAAGAAUAACUUCUCAUAAUCACACUCUACCUACCUGAGAUUGUAGGCUUGGGGGCUAUGGUACAUCCUGCAUUUGUAUCAAAACCAGCGUCAGCUGAGAAUGAAUAAGAAAGAUCUCAGCCCAUUAGGAGUACAUGUAGAUUUGUACGUAUCUAGCUUUGUGUACUUCAGUUUCCUAGUUUUAUUGUUUUCAUCUUUUGUUUUAUUCUUAUUCUUGGCAAGGAAAAAAAUGCAUCAGAAGUAAUACAUUAAAUUGACUUUUAAUGUAUGUUUGCUCUCUUAAAUAGUGUCAUUAAGUCCAAGAACGUCUUACAUGUUUAUCAUUAUGAGAUAUUCUUUUUGUGUACUAUUUGACUUUGCCAAAAAGAAAUGAGGAAGAAAUCUCUGCCAUUUGGCUUUGUGCUUGCAUGACUACUACUAUGAAUAAUUCAGAGUAUUUAUUUUCCACAUCUGUGGUAUUGGCUAUGGAGAGAGUGGACCACCAUUGGUACUUUUUUGGCUUUAUUAUAAAAACAUACAUUCUGUGGUAGAAGCAGGAUCAGCACCCAGAUCCCUUGUACACAGUGGAACUCAUGGGAAACCAGCUUCUCUCAGGACAUCUCAUCAUGGGAAUGAUAAAGUAACUGUUCAGAUCAUUUUUCAUUUGCUUUGGAAUAUGAUUCCCUGCCCUAUACCAAAAUAGGAUAUUAAAAUUACCCUAUUUGAAUCUGGGCAUUUGGGACUUGUAGUUAGUUGAAUUUUGGGGGUAGAGAUUGACUCAUUUCCAUGGAAGGAUAAAGGUUAGUAACAAUAAUAUUACUAUGGAGAACUUGGUUGUAUUCAAUGAGCCUGUUCUACUAUGUCAAGCUAGUUACAGGCAUUCCACAUAGCUACUGUUUUCAUUUGACCAAAGAUGGAACUGAAGCAGAGAUGUGAACCAGUUACCCAAAGUUAUAUCCAGGAAGAAUCAGCAUGAGAACUUUCUUGGACUUAAAACCAUGUGACAUGUGCCCUUUUCACAUACUUCAGAGGGAACAGUAACAUUGCAGAAUCCUUCUUUAAAACCAAGAGUGUAAGGAAAUAGCUGCUUGGUGAAGGAGCAUUUGUGCUUCUGUCUUUGUUGAAUGAAUGAUGAAUGAUGCCUUACUAAUUUCUCUUUCACACAAGUUCUUUCCUUCCAUAUAAAUUUAAGUAUCAUCACUAAGGAACUAAUAAUAGCAAAAAAUUUCCUAGAAUCCAUUCUUGAAUGAUAAAUGGUUCACAAGAAGGCUUCAUUCAGUAAUUUCAACUUUUUGUCCAGAGAGGUAAACCAAUGUGUGAAACUGAUAGAAAUGAAAAGUUUUGUAGAAACAAAUAGAAGUUAGCCAUUGACAGGGUGGCUAAAGGUUGGAUUUUAAAAAAUAUCAUUCAGAACCAUGACACUUAAAAGUGAUUUGUAAUUUCAUGAGCAGAGCCAUCCUGAUAUUGCAGAAAGGAUGUUCUCUUUUUCUGAAAGCAGCCUCUUAUUAUAAGUGUUCCUCAGGUUAAGUAAGUAGGCAUGGGGGGCAUUGCUGUCUGUAUUCUUGUUUAUAGCAAAUAUGUAAUAGUUUUACCUAAUUUAGCAACAACACAUGGGUGACACUGAUGGUUACUAAUGUCUGGGACUACUUACUCAAUCUGUAGCGUUAACUUGUUGUAAAGUUCAAACUCUAGUAUAAUGAAGUCACAAUAAUAGACACUUAGUUUUGUUUUUCCAUGAGGAUGACAUUCAUGCGAGUGUAGGCAGAAGCAGAAGUGUCUCUGCAGCCUUUUUUGGGACACCCAUCUAUUAAAAUAAGAGCUGACUUAUAUCAUAGUAGAUUUAUGUACCAACUGGUUUAAACAUUUGGAUAAAUGAAAGGUGGUAUAGAUAUAAAUUGACUAUGAUUUAGUCUUAAAGGAAGGAAAACUAUUAAUAAUGUGGAUGAACUUAGAGAACAGCAUGCUAGGUGAAAUAAGCUAGUCACAGGGUAAAUACUGCAUGAUUCUAAUUAUAUGAAAUGUCUAAAAUAUUCAAGCUCAUAGAAGCAGAGGUGGAACAGCGGUAGCCAGGAACUGGGGGAGGGACAAAUGGGGAGGUGUUAGUCAAGUGGUAUAAAGUUUAAAUUGUGCAAAAUAAAUAGCUUCUAGAGACCUGCAACAUAGUGCCUAUAGUUAACAAUACUGUGUUGUGCACUUAAAAUUUUAAGAGGCAGAGCUCACAUUAAUCAUUUUUACCAUAAGAAAGAGAGACAAGAGAAAGAAGGGCCCUGUGGCAAGAGACCUUUUCUUAGUCAUGCUAUCCAAUAUGUAACACCUGCCAUAGUGGUGAAAGGAAAACCAAUGUCAAGAGAAAAGAUGGAAGCUACUAGAAAAAGAAUAGAAGGCUGGGGUGAAGAGAAAAGUGAUUCUUCCUUACCCCUGAUGUCUUUUUCUAUAGUCAAAGACAAUAUUAGUCUUUUAAACAUCUUUAAUUUUUUUUCUCUUCUGUAAGCUGUUUCUUUAAGUAGCUGCUGGCUUAAUUUAUAUGCAAUAUUUGGAGUUAAUUAGUAUCCCAGGGUAACGGAGUCCCUUAGCAAUGCCUUCGUCUUGGCUGCAGCUCAAAUGUAGUUUUCCAGAAAUACACUCUUAAAGUACCUGCAUCUCUUUUGCGGGUAAAAAAAAACGUGAGGAAAAAUUAAAGCAAAGUUUUAGAAAAAAGUUAAGGGCAUUGUGCAUUGUCUUGUGGUAUAGUCAACCCAAACUGGUUUUUCAUCUCAUUAUUUUAUUUUUGUGUGCUGUGAGGAUUGAACCCAAGAACUUGUGCAUGCUAGACAGGCGCUGGACCAACCACUGAGUUACAUCCCCAGCCCUCAUAUAUAUAUAUUUUUAAAGGCUUCAACUUAAAAUUUAAAAUGUUAUGGAGAUGAAAGCAAUAUGGAACAAUAUAAUGCACUCUGAAUGCCUAGUGCUUCCUGUCUCUGUGCUUCCAAAUAUCUCCUUCUUGUGGAAAUUCAAACAAGACAUCUUAUUUGGAAUCACAUUCAUAACUUGGGGGAGAAGAAUCCAAGCAUCCAGACAUCCUGAUUUCUGUGGAUGUGAAUAAUCAAUGCUCCUACUAGCUUCCAAAAAUGAAAACAAAAACAGUUUUUGGGAACAAGAUAUAUUACUUAGCUUGAGCUUCAAGUUGUAUGGCCUUUUGGUAAGACAGGCUUUGUUUUGAGCACAGAGACUCCUGAAGAGGCAGGAUUACAAUUGAAGAAAGGGUCUGUCCUUCUUCGGGUAUGUGAGAUUUAGGUGACAAGAAAAGACAUAUGAGGAAAAGAAGAUGGAAGAAAAAUGAAAAUACAAAGCAGAUAUAAAUAUGGCACAGAAACAUGAGACUGUCCUAGAGGAGGCUGAAGUUCUGAAUAGAAAAAUGAUAAGCAAAGAGAAGAAUGCAAAUGAGGAAAUUAAUUAGCAGGGAAAGGGGCCAUAGAGCUACACAAAUCUAAUUUUGCUUCCAUCCCUUCCAUCAAAGAAAAUUACCUUACAGCUGGGUGGAAUUGAGUAUGGUUGGGAAGAAAUUGAAGUCCAAGAUGAAUGAGAAGAUGAAAAGUGUGUGGUUCCUUUAAAUGAGCUUAAGCUCAGUUAAUAACUUCCUUAAUUACACAGACUUCAAAUGACUGAAUAUAAACUUCAAGGAAUAGGAAAUAAUUUGAAAACAAAGCAAUUUUAUUAACUUCAUAAAGGUUCCAUAUUUGAACAUUUGGCAUCCCUAUAAGACACACACCUCUUUUUUGAAGUAGCUAUUAGACUGGUAAGAUGUGGAUGGACUAAGAAUAGACAUCUAAAUACGUUGCUCUGAUAAUUAUAAACUUCAGCCAUCAAAAUGGCUGGAAAUCUAAUCCUGAUGCUUGAUUUCUACAUGCAGAGAAGAACAACAUCAAAAUCACCAUUUGUUUUGUAAGCUGAUGUUACAUAAAUUCACUGGGAGUAUGAUUUUUGAAGCAAUAGGUCUAUGUAAAUCCCUAUUAAUUAACCCAAAUUUUUAUUAUGAGCAUAAAGGAUAAAGAGAGAAAGAAAGAAAGAAAAGAAGGGAGGUGGGAGGGAUGGAGGAGCAAAGAGGAGGGGAGAAAUGUCCCCUACGAAAUGGCAGCAAAAGUACAAAGAAAGAAAUCGUCUCUUCGCUUGUUCUAGUUUUCUUAAAAGCACAAAUAUUGGUGCAAACUCUCAAAUUUUCCACAGGAAAGCAAAGAUCCCACUCUCCCUUCUUAAAAAGCAACAGGAGCAGCAAUACAACAAUAAUCACUAAUAGUUUGUAACACAGAGUGCGAAUUCUCACCACACCUAAGACAGCAGUCUCCAGACCUGAGAUAAAAGACAGUUGUUGCUGAAAGGUGUAACCUUUUGUGUGAGAAGAUGGAGGAAUGGAGAGGAGUAGAAACAGAAGAAUUGUCUGUUGGGAAGAAGUACUAUCUUGUCUUUCUUCUCAAAGUUCAUGGGUAGAAAAAUAGUGCAAGCAAAUGACAAGGGAGGUGUCCAUUGGGUUACUUUAUUACCUGGAAGGUGGAGAGGCCAUCUGUUCUGGUCUCAAAAGAAUAAACUGGGUAUUGGGUCAAAAAAUUGAGGGUUUUUUUUUUAAUGACCAGUACCCUGUACAUCUCAAUAUUUUCUCCCUAAUUAGCAGUUGGAUAAAGAAGGAAACCAAAAGCCUUUGAAGUGUUUCUUCUAUUUUAUGUCUCACAGUAUGGCCACAGCAUUUGUGCAGUUUCAGACUUCUUCAUGACUGGAAUGACUAAAAUAUAAUCUCAGGAAAGUGUAAGAACAGUAUUCCAAUAAGAAGUUUUGAUACAAAACCUUCAAUAAUUAUUCCCCCCUUAUUUUUUUUCUUUAGGUAAGAGAAAAAGGAAAGGAGGGAGAAUUCCAAAUAGUUUUAUGACUGAACUAAUAAAAUCCCAAAGAUCUAAGAUUGGAGAGUGUUGCUCAGUGGUAGAGUGUUUGCCUAUCAUGCAUGAUGCCUGGGUCCUAACCCCAGAACUGCAAAAAAAAAAAAAAAAAGGGAAGGGAGGGGAGGUGGAGAGAGAGAGAGAGAGAGAGAGAGAGAGAGAGAGAGAGAGAGAGAGAGAGAGAGAGAGAGAAUGAGAAUAAAGAGGAGGAGGAGGAGGAGGAAAGAAGAGAGAAUAGUGAAUAGAGAAGAGAGAUAAAAGAAAAAUCCCAAAUGUCCAUGUCAAGGGUUGAAGUCUAGAUAGUCUAAAUUUAGUAACCUGAGAAACCAAGAGUACUUGAUUAAUAUUGUUUCUUCCCAAAUCAGUAUUCAUCAAACGCCUGCCUUUGUGUGAAGUGUUGAGAGAAUAAGAGUAACAAGACAGUCUGUGGGCACGAAGAAGUUAUAGAGAGAGUAAAUGGACAGUUUCAUCCCAGGGUCACUAUGGGAUUCAGAAAAGGAGUAUCCAACCCUGCCAAGAACAUUAGGGAGGUUUCUCUUGAGCAGGUAACAUCAAACCUGAGGCCCAAAGGAUUAGUAGGGGUUAGUCAGGCAAAGGGGACUAUGGGAUGUAAAUUCUAACCAUGAGAAACACAGGGAGAGAUCAUGGAAAAUUCAGCAACAAGAAGUCAAACAGCUGAGCAUGGCAGAGCCCAGGUCUGCCAGGGAAAUGAAGAUUGGGGUGGUGGUGGGGGGAUGUAUGGUAUGGAAUAUGAGGCAGAUCCUGAUGGGUUUUCUAGGUCCUGUCAAGGAAUCAGGACUUUAGUUUAAAGGUAGUUAGAAAUCACGAAGGGUAACAUGCUGAGAAGUGGUAUGCUCAGGCUUGAGGUCAUGGGAAGACUGGAUUGGGAAGGUUAAAGUGUAGAGUUAGGGGCACCAGUCAAGGCCAGGGUGGGCAAGGUGAUGCAAAUGAGAGAUGAAUGUUGGUCUGGACCAAGGGGUAGGAGUGAAUUUGUAGGGAAGAGUGGAUUCUGGAGGUGUUCAGGAGGAGCAGUGAAGAAUGGGACUUGGUUAUUGGUUGGAUGUCAAGAUGAGGGAAAAAGACAAUGGCCAAAGCUAACCAGGGUCAUGGGCCUUCUGAGGUCUUUCAGGUAUUAUGGAGUCCAGUAACCUGACUUUUGGUGGAACUGACCCUGUGUUCUCUCAGCAUAUUCAGACCUCAGAAAGAUAAACCACAAAUAUGCCAAAAAUUGUAUAGACAGCUUUAACUUUCUACAGAAGUCAUGCUUGUGUGUAUGCUUAUUCUGAGACUUGCAAUAGCAGGUGUCAAAGAAUGGCUUUAAAUUUAAUGAAACUGAUAUUGAACAUCUCUGGUUGAGUCCUAGGUAUGAGUUACUGUCUAGGAUCUGAGUGAUUCUCUUGAUUUACAAAGACUAAUAUAAGAGUUUCUUAUUUUUUUCACAUGAGAAACAGUAUCUCAUUUUUCUUGAAAAAAAUUUCAAAAAGCUUCUCUCUCAAGGUCGUUCCAUAUGAGGAUGAUGUCAAUGUUUGGAGGUGCAGGUUGGAGAAUCUCUUGAGCCAUACAGACCCCAUGUCCCAGCGCUGAGUGGUUUCUGGGGCCUAGGAUGAGGGCAGUUGUCCUGGACAACCAUCAAGUAGCUCAUCUUCCUUAGUAUAUGAAAAAUAAAGCAAUUUUUUCUCAGCUGCAAUAGCAACACAGGGCUGGAUUCUGGAGAUCCUCAGUGAUAACUGUGGAAUUGAGGAAAAGCUUAAGAAGGAAUAAUUAUCACUUCAGUCCCAGCUCCAGAAAUAACCAUUGUUAACAGUUUGGUCUGUAUUUUUCUAAUCUUUUUUUCCCCCUAGGUAUUUAUGAUAUGUUGUAUAUAGACACUUUUAAUUUCACAGAGAAUAGGUAUUACAAUUUAUACACUAUUUUGUUACCUCCCUGUAGCUAUGAUUUCCCAUGGUUGUUUCAAAAGGAAUAAAUAAAAGAAAAAGAGCUGAUGGAAAUCCUGCAGUUGUAUUUGAAUGAGCAAACGAUUUCAUCACUAACAAGAUUUGUUUGGCAUUUGAUGAGCCACGGCUGACCACUUCCUUCAAGACGCUUCUGUAUGAUAACAGUUGAAACCUGUAUGAUAACAGUUGAAACGAGAAGUCUCUGUGAACAGACCAUCCAUGGGCAAAUGAUAUAUUCUUGUGCCCUGAGGGAUCAGAGAAUACUUUUCUCUUUUUGCUUUGCCCUCCAAGCAAACAUUGUAAACUUUUAUAAUUAGACAGUAAGACUGAAUAACCCAAGGGUAGGUAAUAUGUAACAUUGUGAGAAAUAUUUGAAAAAAAGGAUACUUACUGUAGUGACCUAAAUUGAUUAAAGACUUGCUUGGUUGAA